AUGUCGACCGAUAUUAUAACCAGAGGCGAGAUGGACAAGCUCCGCGAGAAGGAGGUUGCUCAACCUUGGCAAGUGAUGGACGAUAUCAAAGCUAAGAAUUGGGAGACUAAUUUCGAAUGGAUGGGUGUUCUUUCCGUAGCACCGGCUUGCAUUCAGCUGCUGGCCAUGUGUGCUGCCGUCGCCGCAAGACCCGAAGCCUCAGGAUUAGAGCUAUAUCAUAAUCCGGACUUUCGGUAUCUCCGAAAGAACGAUUCUCUUCAAGGCGCCCUGGUUCAAGUUGGUAACAAAUCUGACGCCGUCGAGGAUCUAGUUUAUGCCAUUUUUGAGACACUCUCCCGUCAUAAUACCAACGUAGGAGUAGAGCUAAAGACGCUUAAGGAAUUGUCUGAAAAUUGCCUCAAAUCUGCUGAAGGGAUGCUCAAGGACUUUGUGAACUGGGAAGGAAUUGUCAAGGACCUUCAUCAGGCAUAUGAAGACCGAGACCAGGGAGCCACGCGAGCCAUUCUGGAAAACGAGAAGGAAGCCAUUCUGAAUAAAGCACGCAAAGAGCACUACGAGAGAGAGGAGGCCCGGAUGAAGUUAGAGAUGGAAAGCAAGAAGGAAGAAGUUGCCGAAUUGAAAGAAAGUCUCGACAGAGAAUUAAAAGAUUUUCCUCGUGGUAUGGAACUUGCAAAGAUGGACAUCUUCAAAAGUCUCGCUGACAGUGUGACUGGACUUUUCACAGCGCUGGGCAAUGUUGGGUCUGCAGUGGCGAUGGUCAAAAGUGGUGCCGUUUUUGCCAAUGCUGCCAACGGAAUUCUGGAUGCUGCUAAUUCCUUGAGCCAGAAUACAGCAGGGAAGGGUUCAAAAGACACUGAUGACAAGGAUGACAAGGAAGACACCAAGGCCAAGAGCAGUCUUGGGGACGAAAAAGCCCAUCUUCAAGCUGGAUUGAUUAGGAAGGCCCUGGAACAGCUUGAAGGUCUUUUAAAAGGCGACGACAAGGAUGGGAUCCAAUGGAACUUGGUGACUGGCGUGGGAGACAGUGAAAAGGCUACAGCGCGAGACGGGAGACAGUGGGACUUGGUGAUUGUGAAUAAAAUGCUCAACAUGAACAGCGAAAUCUUGAAAAAAUCAAGUGAUAAGAAAAACUCUAAGACAGGAAAGAAAUUGCUUAGAGCAAUUGAUACAGUGGAUCCGGUACUUGACGACCUCGAAAAAUUGGCCAGAAGUGCAAAAACGGUGGGCAAGGACUGGGAGCAGCCCACGGAAAAGCAAAUCAAGAAGUGGCUUGAUAUAGUGGAAGAAGGUUUGGCCGCUGUCCAGAAGAUUGAAGUCGCCCGGAAAGGAUCCAAACAAGCCUCUCGGCCCGCUGUGUCCCCAGUUAACCUGGCUCUCGCAUCGCCACCUGCCGUAGCCGGACAGAGUAGAGAGCUUGCAGAACUGCAAUCCAACGUCAGCGAGAUCACAUCCAAGGGGCAGAAUCUUGCCGGAACAAAAUUGACACUGAAAGAUAUUAAGGAAGUCCUGAACGACUGCAUAGACUACGUCAUAACGUUGAAGGAUCACAUUACGCGCAUGCUGAUCUUUUUCCGCACGUUCAAAACCAGAGUGGACACGGUGAUGAUGUCCCAAAUUUCACCGUUCACAGGGAGGGUCGAGCAUAUCAUCGAUAAUCACAAUUUGAUGUUCGAUCUCAUCCUUCUGCAAACAAACUCAAUUCAAAUAUGGGCCAGUUUCGAGCAAUUCAAAGAUAUUGCCAAAAUGUACAAGGACAUUUACACCCCUCAUCUGAUCGAUGGUCUUCAUAUCGUCGAUCUCAUGACCCGACUACCAAAGGGGUCGGAUUUUGCUAGUCAGUUGGGCAAGAUCGAGGAUUGGAAGAAGGGUGUUCAAGGCCAAGUGGACCAAAUUGUUGAGAAGCAAAUAACCGAUGUCAAGAGAAAGCUGAAUACGGAGGAAAAAGAAUUGCUCGAGAGUCGAUUCAAGUUCCCGGACCCUCCCAAACGACAGCAGCUGGCAAUUCAACAAGGGGCCGACGAAGCCAGAAAAGAAAUCGAUUCUAGGAUCGAGGAGGUGAACCCAGAGCUAAGAUACAUGGGGAAAAUUCACCAAGAUCAACCGAUUGAGGAGCUUAAGAAGGAUGUCGUGCGGCUCAAAUCCCCCAGCGAAUAUGUUGCGUCCAUGCGCCGCCCCAAGAGAGAUUGA